AGGUAAGUCUGUCCUCGCGGCGGGGUCCUCUCAUCAAUUGUCCCCUCGCAUUAUGGAAAACGGGAUUAAAUCGGCUGUGACACGCUUUCAGAAAUAAGCUUAACCUACGACUUGUAACUAAACUGCUCUGGAAGAGGGUCGUGUUUUUUCGGAUGGAGAAUUUGGAAUCGCACUCCUGUGCUUCCUAUCCUUACAAACUCCCUCCUCCUCCUCCUUGUAGAUGGUGAAUGAGCUGAAGUCAAGCUGGUUGUGAAGGUGCUGGAUCUGUUCCCCUCUGCGCCCCAAGCCGGACACAGCAUGGCGGCGGGAGUAGCGGCAUGGCUUCCCUUUGCCCGGGCGGCAGCCAUCGGCUGGAUGCCCGUAGCCAAUUUGCCGAUGCCAGUGGCUCCCACUGAGAAGAGCAAGCGGCAGGAUGAGCUAAUCGUUCUUAAUGUCAGUGGACGGCGCUUCCAGACCUGGAGGAACACGCUGGACCGCUAUCCAGACACCCUGCUGGGCAGCUCAGAGAAGGAGUUCUUCUACAACGAGGAGACCAAAGAGUACUUCUUCGACCGGGACCCUGAUGUUUUCCGCAGUGUGCUCAACUUCUACCGCACCGGCAAGCUCCACUACCCACGCUAUGAGUGCAUCUCCUCCUAUGAUGAGGAGCUGGCUUUCUUUGGCAUUGUCCCCGAGAUCAUAGGUGACUGCUGCUAUGAAGAGUACAAGGACAGGAAGAGGGAGAAUGCAGAGCGUCUGAUGGAUGACCAGGAGGACAACAAGGAUGCUAAGCUGCCCAACAUGACCUUCAGGGAGACCAUGUGGCGGGCCUUCGAGAACCCCCACACCUCCACCAUGGCCCUUGUCUUCUACUAUGUCACCGGUUUCUUCAUUGCUGUCUCUGUCAUCACCAAUGUAGUGGAGACAGUGCCCUGCGGCUCGGCGCCCAACCAGAAGGAAGUGCCAUGCGGUGAGCGCUACACUGUGGCCUUUUUCUGCAUGGACACAGCCUGUGUUAUGAUCUUCACCGUGGAGUACCUGAUGCGCUUGUUUGCUGCGCCCAGCCGCUACCGCUUCAUGAGGUCCGUCAUGAGCAUCAUUGAUGUAGUGGCCAUCUUGCCCUACUACAUCGGCCUGGUGAUGACCGACAACGAGGACGUGAGUGGCGCUUUUGUGACACUCCGUGUUUUCCGCGUGUUCCGUAUCUUUAAGUUCUCGCGUCACUCGCAGGGCCUGCGCAUCCUGGGCUACACGCUGAAGAGCUGUGCCUCCGAGCUGGGCUUCCUGCUCUUCUCCCUCACUAUGGCCAUAAUUAUCUUUGCUACUGUUAUGUUCUACGCAGAGAAGGGUUCAAGCUCCAGCAAAUUCACCAGCAUCCCAGCCUCCUUCUGGUACACCAUCGUUACUAUGACAACGCUCGGGUACGGAGACAUGGUUCCUAAGACGAUUGCAGGGAAGAUCUUUGGUUCAAUCUGCUCUCUGAGUGGGGUGCUGGUAAUUGCCCUGCCUGUCCCAGUCAUCGUCUCCAACUUUAGCCGCAUCUAUCACCAGAAUCAGAGAGCAGACAAGCGGCGGGCGCAGAAGGUACAGAAAGCCCGCUUGGCCAGGAUACGAAUAUCCAAGACAGGAAGCUCCAGUGCCUUCCUCCACAGCAAGCGCAACGGCCUGUUCAACGAAGCCCUGGAGCUCACGCAACUUCCAUACAAGAUGAACCUUUCAGAUCAGAGUUCCACUGAGGAGGAGCAGCGAUUAAGUAAGUCUACCUCUCUAUUGGAGAGCCAGCACCACCACCUGCUGCACUGUCUGGAGAAAACCACUAACCAUGAGUUUGUGGAUGAGCAGUAUUACCAGCAGAGCUACCUGGAGGCGAGCCUGCAAAAUUACCCAUCUCGAAGCCCCUCCCUCUCCAGCCAAGACGGCGUGACGGGCACAUGCUGCACCCGCCGAAGCAAGAAGCACCACACCCCUUUACCGAAUGCCAGUGCCCCAGCACACAUGCAGCCUUUGACGCACACGCACACACACCAACAAGGUUUGCAGGAGCUCAGCACCAUCCACAUCCAGCCCCUCAGCACCAGCCGCUCCAGUCUGAACAUGCGCGUAGACGAACCAGCACCCCUGAACUGCCAGAGCAGCCAGAUCACCACAGCAAUCAUCAGCAUUCCCACGCCGCCGGUGACGACCCCUGAGGGCGAUGCCCACCUGCCAGCGGGCCCCGCCCACCAGAACGUUGUGAAGGUGUCCGCACUGUGAAGACUAGAGUGCCGACACGUCACACAGAAAGACAGAUAAUGACUCAUCGAGACAGACUGAGGGACAGAGGAGGACUGGGAAUGAUGGAGGACGAAGCAUGCAGAGUCCUAGUCUAGCCGUGGUGGAGCCUGCCCUCUGCUGGUCAUGUACUGUAACGACAUGGACUCCCUGUAUAGGCGGAGGAUGGCUUUUAGAUACAGUAUAUUCAUGUUAGUGGUUGGCAUGCAUGUGUGUGCGUAUGCGAGUGUGUGUGGGUGAAAGAGUGAUAGAAUGCGUGUAAGGGAGUGUUUUUAGAUGAGGAGGUGAGUGAGAGCGUGCCUCCGAGGUGUCGGAGAUGAGUUCGCAGAGUAAGUCAUGCGUCACUGUGCACAAAGCACCUUUUUAUGAUUUUCGCUUCAGUUUGACUCUUAAGAUCUUUUUUUUUUUUUUUUUACAAAAGACGUAAAGUAAAAGGAAGAAAACUCAAAGGGAAAGAAAAAAACAACACAUAAUCAAAACUUUUUUCCCACUGAUUUAACCCUGCCCUUUCGUUUUGUAUCAUUCUGGUCCACUUACUUGUCGAUAGAUAAAUAUGCCACCUUUCCUUUUCGGACCCAAUAUUAUUCCACUCAAGUGAAAAUUCAUUUAAAAAAUGAAAUAGGUGUGUCUGUGAUGGCGUUACCAAUGAGUUUCCUAUUUGUGAAUGAGUGUAUGUGACUUUUUGCUAGAUAGAGGUUUUGUGACAUUUGGAUAGGAGGUGUGUGUGUCUGUGUGUGUGUGUGUGUCUGUGUGAAUGAUUGUGUUUGUCUCAGUUGAUUGAAAACUUGUGUUUCAAUUCUUCUGGAAGUCUCUAUGGCUCAGUAUAUGGUAUAUUUGACUAGCUGCCACUCUGAAGGGCUCAUUGCACAUAUUUCUGUCUGAAAUUCUAAGUUACAAGCCUUUUACACGAUAUGUGCCUGUUUUGCUGCAGUAAAAAGAGAUUUAUUGGUUUUUAUAGUUUUCUGGACCACCACCCCCCCCCAUUCUUUUCCCCUUUUGGCUUACAGCCCCACAGACCUCAAAUAACACAAUUCUCUAACAAAGAAAAAAAAACCAUUUUGAUUCAAACCACAAUUAAAAGCACAAGGCAUUUAUUUAGAAUUUCCGACAUAAAUCUGUCCUGAGCCCAGGUUCUUUGUGAAUAUUGUUAAUAGAAUAUUUUGUAAUAUUUGACCAUCGUUUGGCAGAACCAGUGAAGCUGUCCUCUCGUUCUCUCUCUGUCUCUCUCUCUCUUUCCCUCACUCUGUCUUUCUCUCUUCCU